AUGCAGAUUUUUCAGUGGCUUUUGAAGUUGACCCCGGAACAUCAAAGGGAGGCCAAAAAUACUGUCACUGAUCAAGAAGCGAGGCCCAAAGACCUAGUUUUGUUCGAGAAUCGAAAAUCGAAGAGAAUUCGUGGGAGUAGCAUUGACUGUGGUUGUAAGAAUUUCAAUUUGUUUACAGUUUUAUGCAGAAAAGAUGUUGCAGAAGCUAGUUUCUAUAGCACACUCGACUUAAGAAGAGUUGGAAGCUUUAAUAGAAGGCAGUCUCAGAGAGUGCUUAUGAAAAUGAAGAAAGAAGAGAAUAAUAUUGCUCGCGGGCUCGAUUCGACAACUGCUGCUCAUGGUGGAAAUAAAGUUUUGCCUAUCAGUGAUACCACAUUACCAUCAAAUGGAACUAUGGAAAAGAGAGAGAAGGUUAAAGGUGAUAAAAGCAAAGCCAUGUCAAGAAUGAAAGAGCUACUGAGAUGGGCUGCUGCUGCAAAAUCAGACAAAGCUGGAAAAUUCAUCGGUCGAAAGGUUUUACACUUCCGCAACCGUGCAACUUUAAAAGCAGUACCUGAUGAUGAUCAACUUAGCAAUGACUCUCCAAAGAUCAGCUUCAGAUGGGAAGUUGAAAGUUGCUCCACAACCUCCUCUGCCAUCUCAGCAAUUUCAAUGGCUGCUGCUGCAAAAUCAGACAAAGCUGGAAAAUUCAUCGGUCGAAAGGUUUUACACUUCCGCAACCGUGCAACUUUAAAAGCAGUACCUGAUGAUGAUCAACUUAGCAAUGACUCUCCAAAGAUCAGCUUCAGAUGGGAAGUUGAAAGUUGCUCCACAACCUCCUCUGCCAUCUCAGCAAUUUCAAUGGCUUCUUCAGCAAGGAAUGAUCAAGCAAUGUCACUGAAUUCCACUCCUAUGCAUGAUAGGAAAGCAAACUGGAUCACUACAGACUCUGAAUUUGUGGUGCUAGAGCUGUGAAUCAUAAACGAGACUAAUAACAUGGUGAUCUUCGACGGCCAAAUCAUGGUUUUAGGCAUUCUUGUACUAGCUAGAGAUGUUACAAGAUCUAUAAUUUUUCUCUUGAUUAAUUUGGAGAUUUAUAUG